CUUUUGAUGAUAUGGUGGGGGCAAAAUGGGCGUUCCAUCGAGCAGGAUUUGUCCGAAUCAUAUGAAAUGCCGGUCAUUUUCUCCGUGAACGCAAUAUAUAUAUAAUUAAUAAUAAAUAGUUUAUAUAUAUACACACAUAUAUAUAUAUAUAAAUAGAGAAGAUGGCUUUACCCAUAGAGAUCUGGGAACGAAUAUUUUUAUAUGUUGAUCCAAUAACUCUUACAAAAUUAAAAGUUGUAUGUAAUUCCUGGAGAGAAAUUAUCGAUAAAAUUUUGAAGGAACAAAACUUUUGGUAUAAAAAAUGUAAGGAAGAAAUAUCACAAAAUAUAUGGAGUUUGUUGUUUGAAACAUUGUAUCCAAAUAGAUCAUAUGUUGAUUUGAAAAAUGCAAGAAGAGAAGGAGAAAUAUGGAUAAAUAUGUAUAAAUGGUGGACUAAGAUCAAGAAACUAACAAAUUAUGAUAUUUUUGUUGAAAGUUUAGAUCCAUUACCAAACUACCAUUUUCAAGAAAUCAUUACCUGUACUGCAGUACUGGAAAAUACUCUGGCUAUUGGUACAUCCAAAGGAUACAUUUAUUUUUAUGAUAUUGAUGCUUUAAAUGAUAAACCAAGAUAUAUAGCAAAUCAUAUGGAAUUUUUAUGUAAAAUUAAAUUCUUGAAAAAUAGUAGAAAAAUUAUUCUUGUAUCUUCUUGUAUAAAUAGUCAUAUCAAAUUCUGGGAUCUUGAAUCUAAGGAACUCAUUAAAAAGGAUCAUGGAAAAUUACUCAGUACAAGUCAAAGCUAUUGCUACAGUGUCAUAAAGAAUACAUUAAUUGUCCAAGGAUGUAUACCCAGGACAUUGUAUGAACUUCCUGUUGAUGAUAUUGUUGCUGGUGUUGCAGAUGGUAAUAAGGUUUCCUUUUAUACAAAGAAAGGACAUUUUCUUAAUGUACAGUUGGCAGAAGGUGAAGAAGUAUUUAUCACAGAAUUUGUAAAACCACCAAAACUAUAUAUCCGUGAUUAUUAUAUGUUUACUAAUAUAGCAGUAUGCAUUACAGAACAGGGAUACUUAGGUUUUUCUAUUCAUGGUGGAAAGUGGAAAUUUCAUAAUAUACUUCCCAUAUUUCAUGGAACACCCACUGCCGUGUUAGUUUAUGCACAGCUUCUCAUAUUAGGUUUAAACUCAGGUCACGUUUGUAUAUAUUGUGUGGAAAAUUGGAAUAUGCUCGAUUUGAAUUCUACUUUGGCAAGACUAAUAAUAUUAGAUACAGAACCGAUUAUAUCAUUAAAUAUAAGCGCACAUUUUAAAGAAUGUAUAAUUGCAACAAGCAUCAAAAGAGUACACUUUAUUCAUUUUACAUAACUCAUUAAAGUUCUAUCCACAUAAAACAACUUUUGCAAAU